AUGUUGCGUAAUUGUGUUUUAUUUGCUGUGGUAGGGUGUGUGUUGGGUGUGCCUGUAGCUCAGUACCAAGUACAGGAGGAAAACAUACCCCCUCACCUCCUGAGACAGUACAUCGGUCAGGGUCAGGCACAGCACGCACCCAGACCAGUGCCACAAGCGGCACCAGCUAGAUUACCCUACAAUGUCCAAAGCGAAGAGCAAUACCAACCACGACCACAAUAUCAGCCCCAACACCAAGCGCAGCCACAGCCCCAAUACAGACCACAGCAGCCCCAGCAGCAAAGGGAUCCAGAGGACUUCGAUGUAUCCAGAAAGCCAACAGACAUCGUUGUCAAAUUCCCCACACCAAAGCCACAAUUGCAACAGGAGGCACAGCACGCACCGCAACACGCUCAGCAACAUGUGCCCCAAUAUGUUCCCCAACAACACCAACAGCAUCAGCAACAAUUACAACAGCGGCCACAGCCCAACCAACAACAGUACUACCGCUAUGAAUAG